GCGAUGACCGGGGCCAGGACAAAGCCAGCAAGCUCCCUCAGGUUAACGCGGCCAAAUGCUCGUCGUUGGUCUGCAACUCCCUUUCAGCCGACGGUUUAUCGUCGCUGCAGCCGCGCCCGAACAAACCGUUUCUGAUCAGCCAUCACACACCUUGUGCGACGUGAAAACCCCUCGCUAGAUCACAUUUGCUCAGCAACCAGUCUAGCUAUCAGCCCCGUCGAGUUCUUUGCCACUUGGUUGCCAUUUCCUCAGCGAAAGGGUGGAAAACGAGGCGGGGUGUGUUCUGAGCAUGAUGUGAUGAAGAGCCGCAAAACGAUAGGCAGAUUUCCAAGCUGGAGUGACAUCUUUCGGCCGAAGUACGCUGCGCGGUGCUGCUGCGCCAUCGUGGCUGGUUCAUGCGCCUGCCGUCACCCAUUGGAAUGGCAGCUACCCCAGAGGGAACGUCAGCAAGUCAUUAACUGGGGUCAAAAAAUGCUGAUAUUGUUCCACUCUUUGCAUGGGUGUAGAAUGAAACGAGAAUGCUGCUGCUUCUGCUGUUGCUUUGGCAUGGGGAGGAGGAGAUGGGAAGCGCGAAGGACGACUGAGCGCCCUCAACAACAGACAUCAAGCAUAUCUUCAAUGUCUUCAACGUGGGUGAUUGACGUUGACUAUGAAGUAGGCCAGGCAAUGCGGCAUACUACUAGGCGUUCCCGAGUGUCAAAGUAAGUUCCUCAAGCUCAAUAUAUAUAAAAUGUGGUGUUCCGAAGCAUGAAAGGUGCCUCAGUCAAUCACAUAUAUCUGUAUACACAGAUUAUG